CAGAGUGAACGUUGGCUGAGCCCCUCCCCUUCGCUUCCCGCAUUCUUGGCGUGAACUUCAAAACAGAUCUUGUUCAGGAACCCAUGCUGGUCCAAACUGGAGUCCCUCCUGAACCCCUCAGAGUCCUCAAGCAUGGUCACUGAUACCAUAAAGUCGGUUGAGAGCUUUAUUCCUAAGAAUAAGAAGAACAUCAAAAUAUGGUUUAGCCCAAAGAGUCGUAAAGUACGCUGUUGCAUUGAGAAACCUGUUGACUCAAACAAAUCAAAUGAAGUCCAGGGAAAGAAAGCCGAUAUGUCACCUUCUUUCAAAGACCUGUCCGUCUUCAACUUCACCUCUUCCUCCCAGGAGUCUGGGUCAUCCUCCCCUCCACGGGGGAAGGCAAAUAAGAAAAUAAAGAAACGAAAGAUCAGCCAAGCCUGCAAACAAACCCAUGUUGGUCAAAGGCCAAAAACAUGGACUCAGACUAUGCAAGAAUGUAAGAGGCUAAAGCUGGAGGCUAUCAAUCAGCAGUGGGCCUUUGAAAAAGAGGGUUCUAUAGACAACAAGAAUGAAGGGGAUGAGAAAGUGAGCUCUGGAGAUGACAACAGGAGAUAUAGUAAGAAAGUUUCUUUUCAUUUUCCUCCCAGCCAGCCUGAGGAAUCUCAUAUGACUGUCCAUCAAGAACAAAAUCAAAUUCCCAGUCCUCAAAAAAGCAUUCAAAGCAAUUUGGAAGUUGAAGUCAUUGAGAAGCAAAGCUCUGCAGCUUUGAGUUCACCAUGUUACGAUCAACAUGUAGAGUCAGUCACUGAUAUCCCACAAGAAUCCAAUGAAAACACUCCAGGGCCUCCUCAGCCUUCCCUUCCCAGAGUGUGUAAGAGAAUCAGAGAGGAUCGGGACAGUGAUGAUCCACAGAGAAUGCCAAAACAACCCAGAACAACUUCAGGAUGGAAGAAGAGAUCAUUACGAGAAAGAGCUGCUUCAACUGAAGACUGUUCUCAGAGUCUGCGAACAUCCAGACAGUCUAACGUGAAGCAAAACGUGAACCCAGUCACACCAGCUACCCCGGACCUCGGGAGGAAGUUUUCAAGUGUGAGACACAAGCGGGCAAAUCCUGCUUACAUGAAGAGGAACCAAAAUGGAGAAACGCCACUGCAUUUAGCUGCCAUAAAGGGUGAUGUGGAGGAGGUCCGUAAGCUCCUGGCUCAGGGAGCCGACCCAAACCUGAAGGACAAUGCAGGCUGGACACCACUGCAUGAGGCUUGUAAUCUGGGUCACCUGAGAGUGGUGGAGGAACUGCUCCAGCAGGGGGCGCUGUUGAACACCCCAGGCUAUCAGAACGACUCUCCGCUGCACGACGCCGUGAGGAACGGUCAAAUAGCUGUGGUCAAGCUUUUGGUUGAACGAGGCGCAUCUCAAAGUGUCCUGAAUAUUUUUGGCCUGCGGCCGGUAGAUUAUGCGCUGACUCCAGAAAUGCAGGAGGUCCUAAGAAUGGGCCCAGAGGCACCGCAUCACAUAACAACCACCCUGAGCCCCACCGCCAGCCUCAGUAAGGCUGCAGGCUGUGUGCGAGAGACAGGUCCAGUGGUUGUGAUUGGCAGUCAGCUGACGCAGACUCAGCAGAAGCAGCUCACCAAAGCAGCUCAACUCCUUGGAGGGAAACAAGUGCAUUCCUUUUCUAGAGCAGUCACCCAUGUGGUUGUACCAGAUGCUCCCAUCAUGCCCUUUUCCCUGACCACACUGCGGGGCGUCCUCAAAGGCUGCUGGAUCCUCACUUUCAGCUGGGUGAGUUGUAGCCUUCAGGCAGGCAGCUGGGUCAGGGAGAGCGAGAACGAGGCAGGUGACGGACCCCUGCGUGCCCGCAUGAACAGAGGCAGCCUGCUCCCUCCCCUCUUUGAUGGCUGUUUCUUCUACAUGCUGGGGUCCUUCUGCAAGCCACUAAAACAUGAGCUCAUUCAGUUAGUGAAAGAAGGAGGUGGACAGCUUCUGAAUCGCCAGCCCAAACCCGACAGUGACGUCACGCAAACCCUUGGCACAGCGGCCUACCAUGCCCAGCCUGGUUCAGACCAGGUUCUCUGCACCCAGUAUAUUUUAUAUGAUCCACAGAGCUCCUACAAACCCCAGAAGGUCCGGGUAGGUAAAGUCUGGUCGGCUCCAACCACGUGGUUCCUGGACUGCAUAGCUGCCUUUCAACUCCUGCCAGUGCCAGAGCACUAGACCAUCUUAUUGGUGUAUUAUUAUGUUUCAGCUUCAUAAUAUGAAAUAAAACCUUUUUUUUUCUGCAUUAGAUAAA